GGCGAGCAGGGAGGCGGGCGGGCGGCUGGCAGGCAGCGCCGGGGCGCCGCCACCGCGGCCCCCCUCACCCCACCCUACCGCCGGCCGAGGGCUGCCUCACGGUAGAACAUGAGCAGGUAAUGCACGAGGAGCAUCACUGGGAAUCAUGUCAGACGAGUCAAUCUCAGGGAGUGAUCCGGACCUGGACCCGGACUUGGAGCAGGAGGAUAUGGAAGAGGAGGAGGAGGAAGAUGAGGAAGAGGCGAUGGAGGAGGACAACGAUGGGGAUGACGAGGAAGACUUACUUGAUGAGAGUGACCAACCCCAGGAAGCAGUGUUCAGCAGUGACCAUGUUGAACACUCGGAGGAUGGAGAAUGGCAGCGCUCUACUUCAACUACCUCAUCUCAGAGUGAGCGGGCAGAGCGACUCUUGCAGAACCAGCACAAGAGCCUGGCCUCUGAGGACACCAAAAAGAAGAGGGCUCAGAAACCUUCUCACAUGCGGAGGAACAUAAGAAAGCUGUUGCGUGAGGACCAACUGGAAGCUGUGACAAAAGCAGCCCAGCAGGAAGAGUUGGAGAGAAGGAAAAGGCUAGAGCAGCAGCGCAAGGAUUAUCCAGCCACUAUUCCUACUGUACCCAUAGAGUUUCUUCCUGAGGACAUCGUUUUCAGAACAGCAGAGGCUACCCAGCUCCCCCCUCAGGUCCUGGCCGAGGAAGUGAUCUGCCUAGAUAGUACCAGCAGUGGCAGCGAAGAUGAUGCUAAAGGGAAAAAUAGCAUUAAAGAUGAGGUGAUCGAGUUGAGUUCAGGAGAGGACGAUGCCCUCCAGAUUGUAGACAGCAGCGAUUCUGGCAAUGAAGGGGAGGAGGAUGGCAGUGAAGAGAGCAGUGGCUCUCAUGUGAAUGAUGCCUUAAAUCAGUCAGAUGCUCUGGGGCAAGUCAUUGUCAACAUCAACCAUCCACCAAAUGAGGAGGACAUUUUUCUGGCUCCCCAGCUUGCACAUGCAGUAAAACCUCAUCAGAUUGGUGGAAUCAGAUUCCUGUAUGACAACUUGGUGGAGUCCUUGGAGAGAUUUAAAACCAGCAGCGGGUUUGGGUGUAUUUUAGCACAUAGCAUGGGCCUGGGCAAGACCAUACAGGUCAUCUCUUUCUUGGAUGUACUUUUUCGGCACACAGAGGCAAAGACUGUUCUUGCCAUUGUACCUGUGAAUACGCUCCAAAACUGGUUAGCAGAAUUCAACAUGUGGCUCCCAGCACCUGAAAACCUUCCUGCUGAUUAUAACUCCAAAGAAGUCCAGCCUCGCACCUUCAAAGUCCACAUCCUGAAUGAUGAACACAAGACAACAGCCGCACGUGCAAAGGUGGUGAAUGACUGGGUGAUAGAGGGUGGUGUGCUGCUGAUGGGAUAUGAGAUGUACCGUCUCCUCUCACUGAAGAAGUCCUUUGCCACUGGCAGGAAGAAGAAAACAAAGAAACAAGCUGGCCCAGUUAUUAUUGACUUGGAUGAGGAAGAUCGGCAGCAAGAGCUUCUGAAAGGGAUUGAAAAGGCUUUGUCUCGCCCUGGCCCAGAUGUGGUCAUUUGUGAUGAGGGGCACCGGAUAAAGAACUGCCAUGCCAGCACUUCGCAGGCCCUGAAGAACAUCCGCUCCCGCCGCCGAGUGGUGCUGACUGGCUACCCACUCCAGAACAACCUUAUUGAGUAUUGGUGCAUGGUAGACUUUGUCCGACCUGACUUUCUAGGCUCGCGGCAGGAAUUCAGCAACAUGUUUGAGCGCCCCAUCCUGAAUGGGCAGUGUAUUGACAGCACCCCUCAAGACGUCCGUCUCAUGAGGUAUCGCAGUCAUGUGCUGCAUAGCCUACUGGAGGGCUUUGUGCAACGGCGAGGCCACAAUGUGUUAAAAGUUCAGCUCCCCUCUAAGGAAGAACAUGUAAUUUUGGUACGUUUAUCAAAGAUCCAGCGAGCCCUUUAUACGGAGUUCAUGAACCGGUUCCGCGAUGCAGGCAACAGUGGCUGGCUGGGAUUGAACCCACUCAAAGCUUUCUGCGUCUGUUGUAAGAUCUGGAACCACCCAGAUGUGUUGUAUGAAGCUCUUCAAAAGGAGAAUCUGGCAAAUGAGCAGGAUUUGGAUGUAGAUGACCUUGGCACAGCAAGUACUAAUUCCCGCUGCCAGCCUCAGGGAAUUAAAGUCAAAACAGAAAGUAAUGCUUUGGCAUCACCAGUUGGAGAAGCUACCAAUAGCAAGUUUCUGCAGAGCGUUGGCUUCAACCCUUUUCAGGAGAGAGCGAAUCAGGUUGUUACUUAUGAGUGGGCCAAAGACAUCUUGUGUGAUUACCAGACAGGAGUCUUGGAGAACUCACCCAAGAUGGUGUUACUGUUCCACUUAGUGGAGGAGAGUGUGAAGCUUGGAGACAAGAUCUUGGUUUUCAGCCAGAGCUUGUCCACCUUAUCUGUCAUUGAAGAGUUUUUGGCAAAGAGACCAAUGCCGAGUCCUCCAGGCUCAGAUGGUGGAGUUCACAACUGGGUCCGAAACAUCAACUAUUACAGACUGGAUGGCAGCACCUCUGCCUCGGAAAGGGAACGCCUGAUUAACCAGUUCAAUGACCCAAGCAACACGUCUGUCUGGCUCUUCUUGCUGUCCACACGUGCUGGGUGUUUGGGUGUCAACCUCAUUGGAGCAAACAGAGUGGUGGUGUUUGACGCUUCUUGGAACCCGUGCCAUGACGCCCAAGCCGUGUGCCGAGUGUACCGCUACGGACAGAAGAAGCCAUGCCACAUUUACAGGCUGGUUUCUGAUUACACGCUCGAGAAGAAGAUCUACGACCGUCAGAUCUCCAAGCAAGGCAUGUCAGAUCGGGUGGUAGAUGAUCUGAACCCAGUGCUGAACUUUACCCGUCGGGAGGUGGAGAACCUGCUACAUUUUGUAGAAGAGGAAUCUGACCCUACUCAGCUCUCCCUCAAUCCAAGCAAGAUGAAGGAGUCUGUUCUACAAUUAGCCUGUCUCAAGUAUCCUCACCUCAUCACCAAGGAGCCUUUUCAGCAUGAGUCACUGCUGAUUGACCGCAAAGAGCACAAACUGACCAAGGCAGAGAAGAAAGCAGCCAAGAAGAGCUACGAAGAGGAGAAGCGAGCAUCCGUCCCCUACACCCGGCCGUCCUACGCACAGUAUUACCCAGCCAGUGACCAGAGUCUGACAAGUAUCCCUGCCUUUAGCCAGAGGAACUGGCGACCAGCCCUCAAGGGUGAGGACAAGCCGGUAGCAAGCGUCCGCCCAGUUCAAUCCACCCCCAUUCCUAUGAUGCCCCGGCAUGUCCCCAUGGGCGGUGCAGGAUCAGCCUCGAGUUCCAAUCCUGCUGUCAACUUCCCCAUCAACUAUCUCCAGCGAGCUGGUGUCCUCGUGCAGAAGAUUGUCACCACCACAGAUAUUGUGAUUCCGGGUACAAACACGUCCACUGAUGUACAGGCGAGAAUCAGUGCUGGCGAGAGCAUCCACAUCAUCCGAGGGACUAAAGGGACAUACAUCCGGACCAGCGAUGGGCGGAUUUUUGCUAUCCGGACCAGUGGGAAGCCAAAGGGCAGUGAAGACCGUCGGACGGCUGCCUCAGGCUCCCAGAGCUCUUCGCUGGAGUCCACGAGCAACGGCAGACACAGUGCCUCAUCACCGCAGCUCCCCAGCGCAGAGGAGCUCACUCGGCCCAUAUCCCCUGACAGCCCCGAGAUCAUCAGCGAGCUGCAGCAGUACGCAGAGGCGGCGGCUGCCCGCGAGUCCCGGCACAGCUCUCCCAGCACCAACGCAGCACAGGGCCACCCUGCCCGCACGGACAACACGACCAGCUUGGCAGCCCGAGGAGCUGAGCAGCGCGCAGGGAUUCACUGCAUGGCUCCCUCUGUGUCUUCGGCCCUGCCAGCCACCAGCCAGCACGUCGAUGCCCACUCGGUGUUGGACUUACGGGGCAACAAGCGCAAGUCGACCUCACCGUCAGCUCCGGAGGAACAAGCCCGCAGGCAGCAGAAAAAACGCCAGUUGCCAUCGUCCAUGCAGCCGUACGAACACGGGUACCCCGUCUCUGGAGUUGAAAACCGAGGGGUUCUGAGCAAACUGCUGGACAACUUGUCUUUGGAUGCACCAUGGAAAUAAAAAUCAAACCCCCCCACAAAAGUAACAUUAACUGAUGGUGUUCAUGCAAGUUUCUCCAAAGACUUGACAGUGCUGCGUCUGUGAGUCAUGCCCUCCUGUGCUCUGUGUGUCCACCUCGUGCACGAGCCUGUGCCACUGAUUGUAUUGCAAGCUUGCCCAGAUGUCCGUUGCAUCCCUGUGAGGCUGUCAGAUUUCCGGUGGAUUUGGGGAAUGCACCUAGGCAAGGGAUUUCCUUGUCGAGAGUAGCAAGUUUUGAGACCUGCAGGAGCGUUAUGAGAGACCUGUGGGAGGCCAGUGUCGCCUCAGAGCCUGAGCAGACUAACCAGAGCCCUGCCGCAGCCUGGGUCCGUGCUGGCGGUGGGCAGGGUAGCUGAGCUCAUCCGAGUGACCCUCCUAAUUCCUCUUGGAAGGGGGCUUUUCUGUGGCUCUGGGCUGAGAGGAGGCAUGAAGAUUUGGCUCGGGGCAGCAGGGCGCAGUGGCUCUGGAUGCGGCGCCCGUGACUGCGCUCUGUUUUUUCUCUACUCGUUGCCUCUCCAGGAAAGCACCAGAGACUUCCGGAGGGCCCUGUGUCCGGCACUGCACCGAGCAGGCCCUGGUGCGUUCCCUUCCACCGCGUGACGUGCUCCCGGGGGACCCCCGGUGUAGCCCGAGCCCCGUAACCGUAGGAGCUAGAGGCUGCCGUAGGAAACGCGCUGCGUGCCGCUAGGUGACGGCUCUGUUUCCCGCGAGCUGACUGCUACCCUUCCUGCGCAAGGGCGAGACGCGAUGGCUCCAGGCUCCUCCGCGGCCCCGGCGGCUAGGAAGCCCCUCGCAAGCGUCCCGUUGGGCGGCCGCCCCUGGAAGCGACCCGCCGUGAGGGGCUUCCGCUGUUGCUGACAAGCGUCCGGGCAGCCGUAGCACACGCGCCGCAUCCCUGCCCCGCGGGGCGGCGGGAGCGGCUCUGCUGCUCUGUAAGUGCCUGAGUUGAGCCCCAGCCGCCCUUCCUGAGCCCAGCGGGGCGGUGUGGCACCUCUCCACCCCACCUUCCCUCCGGGCUUCCUGCCUAGCCCUCGAGAAGCCCCUUUUCAGGGGUGCAGGGUGCCUGUGCCCGUGUCGGAGCCUCAGGGGAGAGAGGGUCCCAUCCGCUGGGGCAACAGGUUGCCGUAACGCCCUGCACCCCAACCAUGGGGCGCCCGCAGUGACCGACAGCUUCCAGGGCUGCUCCAAGCUGGCCAGGGGAGGCACGUGGCUGCGGGCGCCGGCUUUCCCGUGGGCUGGGGGGACGCGGGAAGGAUUUCCUCCAUGCCAUCGAAGCCAUGAGGGUGUGCGGGUUAUCCGGGCUCCUUUGGAAUGGGGUGACCUCUCUGAGCCCUAAAACUCCUCCUCUCCCGUGGGGUUCCCUCCUCCCCAGACUUAUCUCCUCUUUCGCAUGUAGUUGUGCUUUAGAGGGUCCCGUCUUGGCUUUUCUGAGCUUGGAACAGGGGCUUCCCCAGCACGGGUUGAAUUUUUCUUUUGCUGCUGAAUUUGUCUUCAAUGAACUGACGGAAGCAGUUGGCAGUUCGUGGCUGGCUGCGGGUGACACUGAGGACAGCAGUGCAGGACUCUCCGCUGAGGUAUUUGGACGCUAAGGAAGAUUUCUGAGCGCAGCCCAGAGGCCGGGGGCAGUCGCGUGCUCCUGAGGUGCAGCAAGCUGUCCCCUUGAGUGAGCACCCACCCCUGGAGCUCUUCCCUUAGGCGGGAGGUUUCUGCUCCCUCUCCGGACGCAGCAGGGACAGUCGGGCGGAGCUGCACGCUGUGCCACUGCAAGACGCUACGGGGUGGGUGGGGGGUGACCUGCGACUGUGACGUGCCUGGGAACAUCCCAGCAGUUCCUCAGGCGCGGUUGGGUUGGCAGCCCUCGGCUUGUGAACCGGGGCAGCUCUCCAGGCAGCGGUCGCUUGGGCUCAGCGAGGCGGGCGUCUCAGGGAGACAGUGGCGGUGGUGCAGCAAAGCCUCGCCUGGCCUGCGCUCAGCGAGUACUGGGGCAGGGUCUGCUGCAUGUUCGCUCCCAGUAGCACCUGGGAGGUUGAUGGGGCGGCUGCAGAUACUCACAGAAAAACUUCCAGAAAGCAGAGGAUGGGAUUUCCACCACUGCUUCACUAGAAAUUGCAAAUGUUUGCUUUAAUGAUGUCAGCUAAUGGCUGAACGCAAGAAAAUUUGCUGUUGGUUUAUGGAUGGCUUCCAGGCCAAACGGGGCAUGUUCAACAAGUAUCUUCACAACUGCUGUUUUUCUCUACUCUAGGAUGAGGUUUGUUAAUCCAGUCUUGGAAGGGCAGGGGGUGGGGGGCAGAGAUUCAGAGGGGAAUGUAGUCCAGCUGCGUUACGUUGGGGAUGAGGGCUCCUUGCAGGUUGAACGGCGAGCGCUCUGCUCAAAGGGAGGACGCAGCCUGAAGGAGGGAGAGCGACCUCCGCCUCCUCCCAAACCGCUGCCGCCACUACGUGCUGCCCCGGGUGGCGCUGCUUUGUGGCUCCCACGCUGGCAGCACCCAGCUCGGCUCUGGAGUCUCUUUGGCAGAUCCACACGUACAGGGGAGCCUGAAUGAAUCCACUGUUGAGUCUCAUUUUGGUUUUGGGGAGUUAUUUUUUCUUUUUUACUACCGCCUUAGUUUGUGGCCUGUCUUUUUGUGAUUGGAAAGAGGAAUAUCUCUAGCAGGGUGGGUUGGUCAGUUGGCCCCACGCAUGAUCAUGUGCUUCCCUCUUCUCUCUGUCAAGCGGGAUGUGCUCACCUGAUCUCCCAGAACAGAGACUUUGAACAAUUUGUUGUUUAUAUGAUGUAUUUAUUUUUACUUGUGUUUCAUGUCAUUUUUUUAAAAAAUAAUAAAUUGUAAGUUGGUAUAA